GUUCGCAGUGUCGAGGAUUAUUUUGGCCUUGGUUAUUUUGGUGUAGAGCUCUUUCUCUGUCUUCUGGCUUGGAAACUCUCGCCGAUAAGAGACGAGAAAGGUGGCCAUGGCAGCUGAGCAAUAUUCUGCCACCCGUGGCCUGUCUGUUCGGCGACUUCCCGAACCCAAAGAAAACCCGUUCUGCUUUCGAUUGCAAUGGACACCUCUUCGUUGUUUACAGGUAGCUUUUGGCGCACUGGUCAUACUUCCUAUUCGCCUGACGUUAGUCCUGCUCCUAGUACUACCAGUCACCAUACUGUGUAAGCUAGUGGCGGUGACUAUGCCGACCAGUGCCGAAGGAAUCAAGUAUCACUUGCCAUGGCAACGGCUUCUCGUGAAGGUCGCAUUAUCGAAUAUAUGCGGGCGUCUAAUGCUAUGGUCGUUUGGCUUCCCCUGGCUUCGUACCAUUGGCAAGCAGGCAAGCUUUGACGAAGCACCCAUUGUCGUCGGCAGCCCGCACACGUCCAUUUUCGACGCCUUUGUGCUUGGUUACCACGUUGCAGGUUCCUACGUGUCCCUGGAAAGCAAUCGCAAAUACCUGCUGCUGGGAGAUCUCUUGACAGCGACAGAGACAAUCUGGGUGAAUGAAAAGAACACGGAAGACAGCGUGGCGGAGUUCCGCAAGCGUCUCAAGUCCGACAGGCAGUCGUCGCCGAUCGUCUUCUUUCCGGAAGGCACUGUUCAUGGUCCAGGCGUUCUAACAGAAUUCAAGCUAGGUGCAUUCAAGUAUGGCUUGCCUGUUCAACCUGUGUUCCUCCAUUUUGACACUGAGCCAGGCUGGAUAUUCUGGUCCUAUUACCGUUCAAUUCCGGCAGCUUUGCUUCAGACAAUGAGUAUACUGUACAACCCAAUUACUCUUCAGUUUCUGCCCGUAUACAAGCCUUCUGAAGCGGAAAAGCAAGAUCCACAGCUCUACGCUAGGAACUUUCAGAGAACCAUUGCCGAGCAAAUGGACCAUGAAGUAUCCCUUCACAGUCGUCAGGAUAUGCACCUGACUGGCUUUGCUGUAGACUAUGGAUUGCCAGCGUGGGUAGGCAAUGUGGAGUAUGUUCUCAUGCGAGACACUUUCCGGCUGAAUCUGAAUCAGUUGAAGAUUCUGCUAAAGCGAUUUGCAGCGCUCGACUCCGAUAAAGACGGAUUCAUCACGUGUGAAGAUUUCACCGCUGACUUGAAAUGGCCGGCAAGAGAGGGCGUUUCCGAAUUCUUCAGGAUCUGUGACACGGCCAGUCGAGGCAAGAUUACAUUUCGUGAAUAUGCUAUUGCCUAUGCUGAUCUCAUGCGGCCAUUUGAGAACGACUCAGCCUUUGUUGAUGAGGCAUUUGAGACGCUGACUGUCGCUGCUACGCAGGUCAGCAAGUCAGUGAAGGAUGCACAGCUGUCCGUGUAUCGCACGUGGCUCAAGGAGUCCGCGGCGGACGAGGAGGUGUUAAGCUCAGAUGAUUUCAAGCAGCUUGUGUCCAAGAAACCAGAACUCCUGGUCCUCGUGUCACUGCUUUCAGCCCUCUCCAAGAAGAAGUCCUAGUUGCUUUCGGGGACAAAGAUGUGCAAGACUCCGCCAUUACCUGACCAGUCUUUUCUUUAGCCUAUUCCAAAUGUCAAAUCGAUCUUUUCACGGCACGCCUGGAACAAGUGAUGUGGUCAACAUGUACAUCACCGUGAAUUUGUCAUGUACACUGCACUCUUUGCCUCAACCGGCAAGUGCAAGUCUGAGUUCUGAGAGCUUCUGUCGCCUGCUGCCACUAAAGGUGGUCUGAAACCUAGCUGAAAACUGGAGCUGCGGCAGACUGACGUGGAUCCUUCCACCAGCAUAACUGGUGUAGUACCUUGCUGGCAGAUGAAGGCAACCACAGUCCGUGUACUGCGAGGUUGAAACGAACUAUUGACUUGCCUUCAUGUUUUACUGCACCCAAAGCUUUACUGUACCUCUUAUUUAUAAGUUUGAGAAAGUUGAAGUAACUAGUAGUAUUAGUUUGCUACACCAUGUACAUGUAUGCUAACACGUUGCCACUAGAAACCUAUCUGAAUACUGGAAAGAUUUUAAGUUAUUUUUGCCCGCGAGAUGAGACGUAGUUAUAUCAGUUAUUAUUAUUAUUAUUAUUAUGUAUACCAUCACUUUACUAUGGAGAUAUCGUCUACUUCCUGCUUGGUGAAGAAGCAAGAAUAUAAUCCCUCCCUCUUCCCUGCCCUUCUAGACAACUUUUUAAUGUCUACACUACUUUUUAAUGUCUUUUGCACACGCGGUCAUGGCAUCCUGGAUUGAUCACGGCCAGCUGCCCAACUUGCUUUAGCACACUGCUCUAUGGAUGUAUAACCUCCUUCCUGUCCUGCACUUCUUCCUCCAACAGUUGAAUUCUCCUUUUCCCUUGCUUGCUUGAAGAAUCAAACAAUCACUGGAAGGAAGUUAUGUCUUUUCGA